AUGAGUCCAAUAUUGAAGAGGUGUUUAAUCCCAAGGUCUAUAAUAUCGUUAAGAUUGUACUCUUCGGGGCAACCACAAGCAGUAAAUACAUUUCAGACUGCUAUUGAAACUGCUGAAAAAUUAGUACAACCGAAGAAUGAUAGCACUUUCAGCGACCCAUUUUCUAUUGUGAGUCAUGAAAUGUCCAAUUUGGCUAAGCUGAUUGCCAACUUGAUUGGUUCGGGUCAUCCUACGUUAAAUAGAGUGUCCUCAUACUACUUCGAGGCGGAUGGAAAAAAUGUGAGGCCAUUAAUUGUGUUACUCUUAUCCAAAGCUUUACUGAAUAUUCCAAUAGAAGAAAGAAAUAGAAUAACAAUAGAUAGCAGCGAUGUUACUACACAACCUCAUUUUGCAGGAACUCCGUUAAAUAAUUCUAUUGCUGGAAAAUCUGUGGACGAGUCGAUCUCUCCAUUAACGAUAUUGCACGGAAUCAACCCUAAGGUUAUUUUGGAUCCAUUGUCGAAGCCGAUGGACGAGUUACCCAAAUUUGAUGCGUUAAACGGUAUAUUGCCGAAACAAAGACGUCUUGCAGAAAUUGUGGAAAUGAUCCAUACAGCAUCCUUGUUACAUGACGAUGUCAUUGACUUAUCAGAUACUAGACGUGGUAGACCAAGCGGCAACAUUGCAUUCAGUAAUAAAAUGGCUGUUUUAGCGGGUGAUUUCUUAUUAGGAAGAGCUUCUGUUGCUAUUGCAAGAUUGAGAAAUCCUGAAGUAAUUGAAUUAUUAUCCACAACUAUAGCAAACUUAGUCGAAGGUGAAUUCAUGCAAUUGAAGAAUACUGUUAUGAGUGGCGAAGACCCCAACUCAAUAACAAAUGACGGUGAUAUUAAGGACAUUCCAAAAGCGACCGGUAAAGUACCAACUGUUGAACAUGAAUAUUCAGUUACAUCACCAGGUGAAGUCGAUCAUGAUACUAAUGUAAGCGCUGCAUUUGAGUACUAUUUACACAAGACAUAUUUAAAGACUGCAUCUUUGAUGUCGAAGCUGUCAAGAGCAGCUGGUGUUUUAAGUGGUUCUCAGGACAAUAUAAUUGAAAACUGUUAUGAAUUUGGGCGUAACUUAG